AACACAACUACGCAAGUACACCUAACCGCAGAUUAGAGCUAGCUCACCGGAGACGAGAUGUUCGGCCGGUCUGGCAUCACGGCGGCGGUGAAGGUGGAGGAGGAGGACGACGGGAAGACGCCGGCGGCCAAGCGUGCCGGAGAGUACGUCACGCUGAAGGUGCAGGACACCGACGGCCGCGCCGUCUACCGCACCAUGCGGUGGACGGAGCAGCUGCAGGGCCUGAUGGACUUCUACUACGACCGCGCGCAUGGCCGGGUGCAGCGCGGCACGGGUCGGUUCCUCUACGACGGCCGCCGGCUGAGCGGCUGGCAGACGCCGGCGGAGCUCGACAUGGAGGACGGUGAUGAGGUCGACUUCUUCGAGGAGCUGAUCGGUGGCGCCGCUUGAUCCGGAUGGGCUCCUGCUCCAUCGUCGAUGAUCGCGUCGUAGCUUGUUCCUGGCAGUUGUGGACUUGUAAUUGUGUACUGGUUGUGGAGAACCAGAGUACACUAGGUUUGGAUGAUAAGUGUUUUUUCAUUUUGGUGUUAAGCAGAUGCGACGCUUGUAAUUUUUCCAGUACUUCUGUCUCAUCCAAGUAAUCU